CCAGCCUCGGAACUGCGUAUCCUGCUUGUGGGAAAAACUGGCAAUGGGAAAAGUGCGACGGGGAACACCAUCCUUGGCCGUGAUGUUUUCAAAUCCAGAGUAGCACCGCACGCUGUAACAACAGUUUGCCAGCAGGAAGCAGUGUUAGUUGAGGGAAGAAAAAUUGUUGUGAUCGACACUCCCGGCCUUUUCGAUUCCAGGAAAAGUAAUAACCAGAUAACUGAAAUGAUCAAAGAUGCCAUUCGCCACAUCUGCCCAGGGGUGCACGCCAUUCUGCUGGUGAUGCAGCUGGGCCGAAUCACCAAUGAGGAGAAGGAGGCAGCUGAGUGGAUAAAAAGUGUUCUGCAUACUGAAGCAGAGAGGUACACAAUCAUGGUGUUCACCCGAGGAGAG